GGGGGGGAGCGACGCGGAUGAGACGCACACACACCCUCAGUGCUUCUCACACACCGAGGAGAGAAGGAGGACGGAGAAGAAGACGGCGUGGAGACAAGAAGGAGAAGAAGAGGAGGAGAGAGGUGUGUUGGGGGCCGGGGGACAGAGACAGAUCGGCGGAGAAAUGCGCGCUGGACGGAUGGAUUUUCUUCUGCGCGAGCUGCUCGAGCCUUUGUAAGACAACAUGGGCUGCAUAGGAUCCCGGACGAUCACAGCCGAUGCAGUGCCGGUACGGAAAGAUGGGGAUCAGCAUGGCCGUACCGAGUUUUCCUGGGAAGGAAUCAAUCUGUCCAUGGAGGACACUACGUCCAUUCUGCCUCGUCUCAAGAGGAAGUCCGCCAACACCUAUGGGAUCGGUGCCCUGGCUAAGUCCUCUCUGUCAGGUGUGUCAGGAGUGACCCGCUCCAUGAAGGACAAGGUGACCAAGCCCACCGCCAUGGCCCAGGGUCGCGUGGCCCACAUGAUCGAGUGGCAGAGCUGGGGCAAGCCGUCGGCGGGGCCGCCGGGGGCGCUGGGCCACACCAACCUGCAGCGGGAGAAGGAGAGGAGGAUGGAGAACGACGCCUACAGCGACCUCAGCGACGGCGAGAAGGAGGCUCGCUUCGCCGCAGGGAUUAUGCAGCAGUUUGCCAUCUCUGAGGCGACUCUGUUCGGCUGGAACUCGAUGGACGGCGAGAGCAUGGGAGCCGGCUCCAACCAGGGAAGUGUCGCCCACCUGAGUGAGGUCAACCAGGAGAGUAUAACCAGCAGAGACCAGGUGCUCCAUCACUCCUCUGCAGACGUCUGGCCUCACACGUACGUCUCACAGGGUCUUUACUGCCUGUCGUCCUCCGACGCUUGGGACCCAAUCACCAGCCAGCCCUCGGGUGUGGUCUCGCCUGCUGCAGGCUCCUACAUCAUGGCUGCUGGCGGGAGCAAUGGAGUCGGGGGCACGCCAGCGGAAGGUUACGACGGGACGGUAGGCGGUUACAUUCAGCAUCACCAGGCUCAGCUCACAAUGCAGCAGCAGAGUCAACUCCAGCAGCUUCAGCAGCUUCAGCAGCUUCAUCAAUACCAGCAACAGCAGCUUCUGCAGUACCAACAGCAACAACAGACCAUGGAGCACAGGAUACACAGUGCCUCCCAUUCCCUCCAAGCCACCCCCAACAGCACCAUCCACAGCCUCGGACCCCCCACUCACCCCCGGCUAGCCGACCUUUGGGGGGCUGCGCAGGUUGAGGCCCAUCAGGUGGAAAUCGUCGGGCAGCUGAGUGCACAGAUGGCCGACAUGGUUGGAGGGGUGGUGGAGACGGUUGGAGAGGAGCCAGAACCCGAGUCUGAAGAGAUUCCUGAGCAACACGAGGAGGAAGAAGAGGAGCUGACAAGAGUAGAAGAGGUAACAUUGACCCUGGAACCAGAGCCGUGCUCUUUGACGCCGUCCCCGCUGAGGGAGGAGGGCCCCACGACCCGAGGUUCAAGCCCUGGAYUACCAGUACAGAUUGCAGAAUCCAUCCCAGAAAGAAUACCGUUCGAUGUCACUCCGUGUGUCGUCCAGUCGUUGGAGGAGAAAGACGAGGAGGCGGAGGAUGGCUCCAUCGUCAUUGUUGCGACCAACUGAGUCACACGGUCAACAAAGAGAAGGACUGACGAACGCGGGACGUAAUUACUCCAAUAAUCAAUCAAGCUACUAUCUCAUCCCUUCUCUCUCCCAGAUAUUUACCUUUUUUUAUCCGAGUAAAUGCUUUUUCAGCUGGAAAUGUGGAAUGUAAUGUAUCCAAACUGAUGCCAUCUAACCCCACCAAACYUUCCAGUUUAGCAUCAGAGAUGUGGACUUCGAUGAGUUAAAUGCAAAAGGAAUGAGAGACACAAAACGUCAUGGUSGUUUAACAAUGUUUGGACCAACUGGACCUAAAAACCACAGAACCAGAAGCAAACGGCUUCGAACAAAAGAGACAGAUUUCUCAAGAAGCAGCAAACAAAAAGAGAUGAGAGAUGGAAGAAAGGGCAAAUCGAAAAAUUCUGUGCAAUACUACAAACAUGGACACAUCAGUUGGUUGGUAAAUAACUCGGAGUGCUCGGUUCAUGUUCUAAUUUCAGCAAAGACUCGAUCAGAGAAACAGUGGGUUUGUUGUUUGAUAUGUUUGAAGACUUAAAUGAGGCCUGCACUUGGAGUUAUUUGCAAACACAUCAUCUGACCACAACCAAAAAGAAAGUGCAUGCUUUUUAACAGUGACCUAGCCCUAACCAUAUAACACAGUAUACAAAGUAAUAAUAUAAAAAAAUGUUUUUAUAAUAAAAGAAAAAAAUCCAAUAAACUGAUCUGUAUAUGUAUGAAUGUGAGACUGUAUGUGUGUACGAAUGUCGCUGCUUUGUUUGUGUGUAAAAUAUAUUUAUUCUGAGAAACAAAUUCACUUUGGUGUUCUUCUGUUUCAGCGUGUUUUGCAAAAUAAACUAUGCAGAGACA